AUGAGGCUCGCACACGCGAUGAGGGCGUCGCGGGGAUCGCCCGGUCGUGGACCGGGCGCGGCUCGCGCGGCGAAGGGCGAAACCCGGCGCCCGGGCGAGGGCCCCGCGCCGGCGAAGGCGUCGCCCCACCCCCGCACCCAUCGCCUCGGACGCGCCGAUCGGGGCGAGCGCCGACGGCUCGGCGACAGCGACCUUCGCGUGUCCCUCGCGAGCCUCGACGCCUCGACGUGGACGAGGAUCGGGGACGAGGUCGAGGCGCACGCGCAGCUGUCGCUCGCGGUGGACAACGGCGUGAACCUCGUCGACCUCGGCUCGUGCGACCACCUCGGCGACGGGAUGCCCCGAAGCGCGUCGUCGUCCUCGUCCUCGUCGGCGACCAUCUUCGAGCUCACCAGGGGCCGCGCGGACGCGUAUCUCGGGAGCUGGCUCAGGCGCAGCCGCGAUACCCGCCGCGAGGACCUCGUCGUCGCCGCCAGCGUCCCAUUCGGCGCCGCGGCGGGCGCCGCGGAAGGGGGCGCCAAGGGACGACGACGGCGAAUCAAGAACCUCGUGGAGCGCACGCUCAUGGCUGCGGACACGGACCACGUCGACCUCCUGCAGCUGCACUACCCGCGACGCGAUUCGUCCGCGAUGGGUAACAGCGACGCCCCGGAUGAGGACGAAGUCGCCGCGUUGCUCGACCUCGUGGGCGACGGCAAGGCGAGGUUCCUGGGCGUCGACGACGACACGCGAUGGGCCGCGCUGGAGACGGCGAGGCUCUUCGCCAAUCCGAAGAUUCUCGUCCCAGACGGCCUCGGCUCCUUCGUCAAGUCCGCGAGGGGCGAGUACAACCUGCUGGCGAGGGACGGGUUCGAGUGCGUGUGGGUGGAGGGGGAGGACGCGUACGCCGACGCGCUGCGGAACGUGGGGUUGGUCGCGCACUCGCCGCUGGCCAACGGCGCGCUGCGCAGCCGACGCACAGCUGUGCACAAAUCGCACGCCGACGCGACGACGGCGAAGAUGAUUCAGACGCGAGGCGAACGCGGGGCCCGGGACGAAUCGGUGUGGGCGCUGGUGGACGCGUACGAGGAGGUGGCGGGACAGUUCGGGAUGUGCCUCGGGGACCUGGCGUUGGGUUUCGUUCGCAGCAGGUGGUUCGUGACGAGCGUGUGCGUGCGGGCUCGGACGUCGGAUGCGCUCGGGACGACGUUGGCACAGCUGUACGAUAUAGAGGUGACGGAGGAGGCGCUCGCCGAGGUGGAGAGGGUGGCGCGUUUGGGAAGGGUCGCGGAGGAGGUCGAUCGGGGACGUCGUCGCUGGUCGCAAGAGUUGUAG